UUAAUCUCGCGAUCUUUGGGAAGUUCCGUUGGGGAAAAUGGCGGCGGCCGCGAGCACCCUUCUCUUCUUGCCGCCAGGGACUUCAGACUGAGCCUUCCCGGGAAGAGUGGGGACUGCUGGUGCCCCGCAUCCCGGGAGCCCAAGCCAACUUGGUUCCGUCGUGAGCGGUGGGGAAGGGCUUUUCCUCUUGUGUAGGACUCAGGCCUUCCCCACCGUCAGGAUGAAGGCUCAGGGGGAAACCGAGGAGUCGGAAAAGCUGAGUAAGAUGAGUUCUCUCUUGGAACGGCUUCAUGCAAAAUUUAACCAAAAUAGACCUUGGAGUGAAACCAUUAAGCUUGUGCGUCAAGUCAUGGAGAAAAGGGUUGUGAUGAGUUCUGGAGGGCACCAACAUUUGGUCAGCUGUUUGGAAACAUUGCAGAAAGCUCUUAAAGUAACAUCUUUACCAGCAAUGACUGACCGUUUGGAAUCUAUAGCAAGACAGAAUGGACUGGGCUCUCAUCUCAGUGCCAGUGGCACUGAAUGUUACAUCACGUCAGAUAUGUUCUAUGUGGAAGUGCAGUUAGAUCCUGCAGGACAGCUUUGUGAUGUAAAAGUGGCUCACCAUGGGGAGAAUCCUGUGAGCUGUCCAGAGCUUGUACAGCAGCUAAGGGAAAAAAAUUUUGAUGAAUUUUCUAAGCACCUUAAAGGUCUUGUUAAUCUUUAUAACCUUCCAGGGGACAACAAACUGAAGACUAAAAUGUACUUGGCUCUCCAGUCCUUAGAACAGGACCUAUCUAAAAUGGCAGUUAUGUAUUGGAAAGCAACCAAUGCUGGUCCCUUGGAUAAAAUUCUUCAUGGAAGUGUUGGCUAUCUCACUCCAAGAAGUGGGGGUCAUUUGAUGAACUUGAAGUACUAUGCCUCUCCUUCUGACCUGCUGGAUGAUAAGACUACAUCUCCCAUCAUUUUGCAUGAGAAUAAUGUUCCUCGAUCUUUGGGCAUGAAUGCAUCAGUGACAAUUGAAGGAACAUCUGCUAUGUAUAAACUCCCAAUUGCACCAUUAAUUAUGGGGUCACAUCCAGUUGACAACAAAUGGACCCCUUCCUUCUCCUCAGUCACCAGUGCCAACAGUGUUGAUCUUCCUGCCUGUUUCUUCUUGAAAUUUCCCCAACCAAUCCCAGUAUCUAGAGCAUUUGUUCAGAAACUUCAGAACUGUACAGGAAUUCCAUUGUUUGAAACUCAACCAACUUAUGUACCCCUCUAUGAACUGAUCACUCAGUUUGAGCUGUCAAAGGAUCCUGACCCCAUACCUUUGAAUCACAACAUGCGAUUUUAUGCUGCUCUUCCAGGCCAGCAGCACUGCUAUUUCCUCAACAAGGAUGCUCCUCUUCCAGAUGGCAGAAGUCUACAGGGAACCCUUGUUAGCAAAAUCACCUUUCAGCACCCUGGCCGGGUUCCUCUUAUCCUAAAUCUGAUCAGACACCAAGUGGCCUAUAACACCCUAAUUGGAAGCUGUGUCAAAAGAACUAUUCUGAAAGAAGAUUCUCCUGGGCUUCUCCAAUUUGAAGUGUGUCCCCUCUCAGAGUCCCGUUUCAGCGUAUCUUUUCAGCACCCUGUGAAUGACUCCCUGGUGUGUGUGGUAAUGGAUGUGCAGGACUCAACACACGUGAGCUGCAAACUCUACAAGGGGCUGUCAGAUGCACUCAUCUGCACAGAUGACUUCAUUGCCAAAGUUGUUCAAAGAUGUAUGUCCAUCCCUGUGACGAUGAGGGCUAUUCGGAGGAAAGCCGAAACCAUUCAGGCCGACACCCCAGCACUGUCCCUCAUUGCAGAGACAGUUGAAGACAUGGUGAAAAAGAACCUGCCCCCGGCUAGCAGCCCAGGGUAUGGCAUGACCACAGGCAACAACCCAAUGAGUGGUACCACUACACCAACCAACACCUUUCCGGGGGGUCCCAUUACCACCUUGUUUAAUAUGAGCAUGAGCAUCAAAGAUCGGCAUGAGUCGGUGGGCCAUGGGGAGGACUUCAGCAAGGUGUCUCAGAACCCAAUUCUUACCAGUUUGUUGCAAAUCACAGGGAACGGGGGGUCUACCAUUGGCUCGAGUCCGACCCCUCCUCAUCACACGCCGCCACCUGUUUCUUCGAUGGCCGGCAACACCAAGAACCACCCGAUGCUCAUGAACCUUCUUAAAGAUAAUCCUGCCCAGGAUUUCUCAACCCUUUAUGGAUGCAGCCCUUUAGAAAGGCAGAACUCCUCUUCCGGCUCACCCCGGAUGGAAAUGUGCUCGGGAAGCAACAAGACAAAGAAGAAGAAGUCAUCGAGAUUACUACCUGACAAACCCAAGCACCAGACUGAAGAUGACUUUCAGAGGGAGCUAUUUUCAAUGGAUGUUGACUCACAGAACCCUAUCUUUGAUGUCAACAUGACAGCUGACACGCUGGAUACACCACACAUCACUCCAGCUCCAAGCCAGUGUAGCACUCCCCCAACAACUUACCCACAACCAGUACCUCACCCUCAACCCAGUAUUCAAAGGAUGGUCCGACUAUCCAGUUCAGACAGCAUUGGCCCAGAUGUAACUGAUAUCCUUUCAGACAUUGCAGAAGAAGCCUCUAAGCUUCCCAGCACUAAUGACGAUUGCCCACCCAUUGGCACCCCUGUUCGAGAUUCUUCAAGCUCUGGGCAUUCUCAGAGUACCCUCUUUGACCCUGAUGUCUUUCAAACCAAUAAUAAUGAAAAUCCAUACACUGAUCCAGCUGACCUUAUUGCAGAUGCUGCAGGAAGCCCCAGUAGUGACUCUCCUACCAGUCAUUUUUUUCCUGAUGGAGUAGAUUUCAAUCCUGAUUUGUUGAACAGCCAGAGCCAAAGUGGUUUUGGAGAAGAAUAUUUUGAUGAAAGCAGCCAAAGUGGAGAUAAUGAUGAUUUCAAAGGAUUUGCAUCUCAGGCACUAAAUACUUUGGGGGUGCCAAUGCUUGGAAGUGAUAAUGGGGAGACUAAAUUUAAAGGCAAUAGCCAAGCUGACACAGUUGACUUCAGUAUUAUAGCAGUGGCUGGUAAGGCUUUGGGAUCUGCAGAUCUCAUGGAGCAUCACAGUGGUAGCCAGAGUCCUUUAUUGACCACUGGGGACUUAGGGAAAGUAAAGGAAGGCAAUGGCACCAGUAAUAGUAGUUUGUCAGGGCCAGGAUUAGAUAGCAAGCCAGUGAAGCGCAGUCGAACCCCUUCUAAUGAUGGCAAAAGCAAAGAUAAGCCUCCAAAGCGGAAGAAGGCAGACACUGAGGGAAAAUCUCCAUCUCACAGUUCUUCUAACCGACCUUUCACCCCACCUACCAGUACAGGUGGAUCCAAGUCUCCAGGCAGUUCAGGAAGAUCUCAGACUCCCCCAGGUGUUGCAACACCACCCAUUCCCAAAAUCACUAUUCAGAUUCCUAAGGGAACUGUGAUGGUGGGCAAACCCUCUUCUCACAGUCAGUAUACCAGCAGUGGUUCUGUGUCUUCCUCAGGCAGUAAAAGCCACCAUAGCCAUUCUUCUUCUUCCUCAUCCUCUGCUUCCAACUCAGGCAAGAUGAAAAGCAGUAAAUCAGAAAGUUCAUCAAGUUCCAAGUUAAGUAGCAGUAUAUAUUCUAACCAAGGGUCUUCUGGAUCUAGCCAGUCUAAAAAUUCAUCCCAGUCUGGGGGGAAACCAGGCUCCUCUCCCAUUACUAAGCAUGGACUGAGCAGUGGCUCCAGCAGCACCAAGAUGAAACCUCAAGGGAAGCCAUCAUCACUUAUGAAUCCUUCUUUAAGUAAACCAAACAUAUCCCCUUCUCAUUCAAGGCCACCUGGAGGCUCUGAUAAGCUUGCCUCUCCAAUGAAGCCUGUUCCUGGGACUCCCCCAUCCUCUAAAGCCAAGUCCCCUAUUAGUUCAGGUUCUGGUGGUUCUCAUAUGUCUGGAACUAGUUCAAGCACUGGCAUGAAGUCAUCUUCAGGGUUAGGAUCCUCAGGCUCAUUGUCUCAGAAAACUCCCCCAUCAUCUAAUUCUUGUACAGCAUCUUCCUCUUCCUUUUCUUCAACUGGCUCUUCCAUGUCAUCCUCUCAGAACCAGCAUGGGAGUUCCAAAGGGAAAUCUCCCAGCAGAAAUAAGAAGCCGUCCUUAACAGCUGUCAUAGAUAAACUGAAACAUGGGGUUGUCACUAGUGGCCCUGGAGGUGAAGACCCCAUGGACGGCCAGAUGGGGGUGAGCACAAAUUCUAGCCAUCCUAUGUCCUCCAAACACAACAUGUCAGGAGGAGAGUUCCAGGGCAAGCGUGAGAAAAGUGAUAAAGACAAAUCAAAGGUUUCCACCUCUGGGGGCUCAGUGGAUUCAUCUAAGAAGACUUCAGAGUCAAAAAAUGUGGGGAGCACGGGUGUGGCAAAAAUUAUCAUCAGCAAGCAUGAUGGGGGAUCCCCCAGCAUUAAAGCCAAAGUGACUUUGCAGAAACCUGGGGAAAGUAGCGGAGAAGGGCUUAGGCCUCAGAUGGCCUCUUCCAAAAACUAUGGCUCUCCACUCAUCAGUGGUUCCACUCCAAAGCAUGAGCGUGGCUCUCCCAGCCAUAGUAAGUCACCAGCAUAUACCCCCCAAAACCUGGACAGUGAAAGUGAGUCAGGCUCCUCCAUAGCAGAGAAAUCUUACCAGAACAGUCCCAGCUCAGAUGAUGGCAUCCGACCACUUCCAGAAUACAGCACAGAGAAGCAUAAGAAGCACAAAAAAGAAAAGAAGAAAGUAAAAGACAAAGAUCGGGACCGGGACAAAGAUCGAGACAAGAAAAAAUCUCAUAGCAUCAAGCCCGAGAGUUGGUCUAAAUCACCCAUCUCUUCAGACCAGUCCUUGUCUAUGACAAGUAACACAAUCUUAUCUACAGACAGGCCCUCAAGGCUCAGCCCUGAUUUUAUGAUUGGGGAGGAAGAUGAUGAUCUUAUGGAUGUAGCCCUGAUUGGCAAUUAGGAACCUUACUUUUUAAGAUAAAAAACAUGGCCAGAGAAAAACUAAUAAGUUCAUAGGCAAACCACCAUAAGGGGUGAGUUGGACAGGUCUGAUUUUGUUUAAGAAUGUUAAAUGGCAUGUCUUUGACACUGAGCCGAGUGAAUUUAGAAAGGCAUAGCUAGACCCUACUAAAGAGAACAGGUUUAUUUCUGGUUACCAAGAAUCACUUGUUCCUUUGCCAGGAAAAAAAAAGUUAAAAUACUUGCUUAUGAAAGGGAGGGGGUGGGGGGACACAGGGAGAGGGAAGGGUGGGAAACAGUUUUGUGGGAAAUAUUCAUAUAUAUUUUUUCUCCCUUUUUCCAUUUUUAGGCCAUGUUUUAAUCUCAUUUUAGCGCAUGUAUUUGAAGGGCUGGGCAGAAAGUGAAAAAGCAAUACAUUCCUUGAUGCAUUUGCAUGAAGGUUGUUCACCUUUGGGUAGUUGUCCAUUUGAAGCAUGGGCAAAUGAAGGACUUUGGUCAUUUUGGACACUUAAGUAAUGCUAGGUGUCUGUUUCUUAGGAGUGUUUGGGGGAGGGAAGAUAAUUUUAGCUAUUUAUUUGUAAUAUUUUAACCCUUUAUCUGUUUUUAUACAGUAUUUCUUUCUAAUUAUAUGAGGUUCAGGGUUCAAAGUGAUGGGAGGUAAAAGAGCAAGGCUUAUUUGGUUGUAGAGAGCUUGUAGCUUGUGCUGGUACUGUAGCAUCAAGCCCAAGCAGAUUAGUCAGAGCCCACCUUUGGAGUUAAGGAGAAAAACCCAAAUGGUAUUUUUGUUUUAGAAGGUUUUUCAUAGGGUUCAGACAUCAUAUGACUAUUAGGAGUUACCUCCCUGUAGAGGUAUUGAUUUAUAGUCUCUCUUACCUUAAAAAAAAAAAAAAAAAAAAAGCUGGACUGGCUUUUUGGGAUGUAAAAAUGUUUUCAGAUGCAGUAAGGUUUAAUGUGGGACAGCCUCCCUGACCCAGUGGCAUGAAAACCAUUACAGAAUUAAUAGUUCUCCUAUUUCCGCAAUGUGCCAAAAGUCCACACCCCAGCAUUUUGUUUGUAGGAGAACUGAUGCCAUACCUGAGAGCUGGGCUCCUUUCUCUUCACAAGGAGUCCAGACUUGAAUCACUCAUGCUCCCUUAGAUAAAACUAAAAAAUUUGCAGCCAUAGUUCACUUAAAACAAUUUCAAGCUCACUUGAAGUAAUAGGGGCCUGGAAUACUAGGUGGGCAUGAAGAUAAACCCUUGCUACUAUGUAGCAACACAAUUGGACCUUUUUGGAGGAAUAGGUCUGAGUCUGGAUUCUGGGGGACGUCAAUAAGAAGCCCUUCUCAUAAAUGUAAAAAUCCAGGAGACCAUUUGAGUGCAACACAAGUUUUCAGUAUUUGGAGGGUCCUCUCAAAAUUCUGCGGCCUUACUUUGAUUUUGACACCUGCACUGUGCCAUUCCUGAUGAUUCCGUUCAGGAUCUGUAUCAGCAGGAUGGGGCAUGGUCCCCAGCACAACUCUUCUGGAUUUAAAAAAAAAAAAAAGCCAGGUGAUGUGUGUGUGUGUGUGUGUGUGUGUGUGAGAGAGAGAGAGAGAGAGAGAGAGAGAGAGAGAAAUAUGGAGUGACUUCAUUGGAUAUUAAAGAUUUCGAUAUUCAGCUCUUUCUGCAGGUUGGACUUAGCAUAGAGUUGGAAAAUCAGCUUUGGCUUUCUUUCCUGUCUCUGAUUUCCUCUAGUGUUCUCCCUUUUCUGGUCAUCAGCUCUCAACAACUCUGCCACUUUUGUGUCCCAAGGUAUAAGAAGUAGGAAACGAAACAUUGCAAAGUGGAGCAAGAAAAGUUAUCGGUUACCGUAUCAGAGUCAAAUGUCUUGGGUGACACUAAGGAGGACAUGGGCAAGGUGAUACCAGAGUGCUUUAUCUUGUGAUGAUGAUACAGUAGCAGCCUCUCAGACAUACAACCAGGUUGGAUUUCUCACAAGUUUCUCGCCUAGUUUUGAAUCCUAUCCCACUGGUUUCUGCAGGAAAAAAAAAAAAAGUUACAUGGUUUUUGUUUGUUCUGGGUGGGGAAAAUUUUAUGGGGAAUGUACUACAUAGUACCAGGGGCUCAGCUCCCCCAAGUAGAGCCAACAGAUAUCAAAAUGAGUAAACUGGGAAGCUUUUUCUCUCUUUCUGUCUUCAUCCCAGAUCAAAGGAUCCCGAGUUAGGAUCUGGAUGAAGGAUAAGCCCCUGAAUUGUCGAUGGGCACACCCCACACAUUGACCCAGCAACUGAACUUGCUUAACAGGGAGCCGGGGCUAAACUGCUUCACCCUGCCUGAGAACCAGGGAGCACUGCAUUUCUCCACAGGGUGGAGGAGAAGAGGCAGAAUUAACCAAGCCUGGGACACCUCCCUCCUGUCUAGGUGUACUCAUUCUCCUGUUUCAAAAGACGGCAAGGAAAUGAAGUCAACUACCUGUCUUCUGCUGGUGUCUUAUGUAUUCUUUGUUUGACCUGAUUCCUCUUCUGUCUUUUGGCUUCCUGUUAGGGGUUCUUGGUCAAAACCUGCUCUGAUGUACAUGAAGAUUUCAGGUUCAAUAGUCAAUGUAUUUUAAAACAAGUGUUUUAGAGGGAGAAAAGUGAAGCAGGAUGUAACUGCCAAAACCAGACUUGAGGUUGGUGACUCUUGGAAUGAUUUUCUUUAAGGCCUAGGUCUAAAAACUUAGUACAGUAAAAAUAAAUUCUCAGAAGAAUAAAGAAAAAAAAAACACUUUCAGGGCACCAGUGAGUCAUACAGUAUCCAGUCAAGUCACUUAAAGCAGAUGCCAGUAUAGGAAACAUUCACAGUCCCUGGGCAAUCUCAUUAAAAAAAUUUGGGGGGGUGUGGGGGGGCUUUUCAAUGCUCCUACCCCCCUUAUUCUAUCCUUGAGUUGUUUUUUGAGGGGUAGGAAUAAUUUACCAUCUCAGAUACUAGGUUGGAAACAUGCUCAGCUAUAAAGGCUGGGCUUUAAGUUUUGAGUUUUAAAAAUGUACAUCAGGAGCAGCUGGGGAGGGUCUUUUCUAAAACCUUUCAAAUUUGAUUUUCUGUGUGUGUGGCCAUUCUGUAAAUACUUUGGGGUUUUUCAUUUUUUUGAAAGUAGACAAAAUGUGGGAUUUUCCCCCCAAAACAUUACAAAAGAACCUGUUUAUUUACAUGCAAAUAAAUUUCUUUGAUAAAAAGUAA